UCACCAAUUUCUUUAUUUUUUUUACAGAGAACCACAAUGAGUUUUCAUAUUCUAAAAGAUUUCUUAAUUACAUUUGUCCAUUAGGUUGCAAAUUAAAUAUUUUUUAUGUGCACAACUACACAAUUAUUCAUAAACUGGUCACUCAACCUAUACCCAAGAUUGUUCUCGAUUAAACUCAUAUAUGUAAAAUAUUUUUUUGUAGCUUGCAGUUGCAAGAGGUAAAAUCAAUAGUAAUUUAGGAUGAGAAAGCUGGUAUGAGAAGCUAGAAGGGUGUCCACAUGCGUCAACAUGGAAGUUUGAACGAGAAUGAUGAUGUUGUUGGCUCGACGCCGACAAUUGGGGGUGGCUACAAGCGUCAAUGUGGAAAGAGAUAACUAAACUAAAAAGCAAUUUGAAAAUUAACUCAAAGAAAAAUAUAUGAAAGAAACUAUGGAGAAAGACAGUUUGGAGUUCAUUAUAUAAUUACUUGACUCAACCAGCUUAUUAAUCAAUUUAAUUAUCAUUCAAAUUAUCGAGGUUAUCUCUAAGGUUAUAACUAUCUUUCUGAAUACUCACCACAUAGUAAGUAGCCAAUUAAUUGUUUACUUAUGUAAAACCAACUAAUUAACUACCUAAUUUGAAGUCUGAUAACAUCAAUAUUUACAUAUUUUAAUUACAUCAUAACAACAAUUUUUUGUAAUGUAAUAAGGUGUGUCAGUUACAAUUAUUAGUGGUGUGUUGGAGGUUCCAUUUUCGAUUUUUUACACCGAAAAAUGUGGAUUUUUCAAAAAAAAAAAAUUGAAACAAAAGAAUGUCGGGUGACACACAUUCCUUAAAGGUGGGUUCGCCCUUGCUUAUGCUGUUUGAAAUUGACUUCACCAUAUUUGAGUUAGUGUCAUGGCCAAUGAGUUCAUUGAGCUGAAAAUGUAGAUGUCAAAGAUUCGUUAGGGAGAAUUGUUUAUUCUUUAGGAGAAAGAAAGUGUGAAGGGUAGCUAGGGUUUCUUGAAUGGCCUCUUCUACCAAAAGUCUCCCUUCCCUUUAGGCCUAAAGUAUUGCCAAAAUCUAGGAGUCGUUUGCUUCGUGGAUUUGAAAAAUAAAAAUUUUGGUAUUAUUUGAGUUUUGAAAAUCAUGAAUAUAUGAGGGUUUUUUAUGCAUGAUGGAUUUGAUAAACAUCAUUCUUUGUUUGAUGUAUUUCAUUAAUUAAAUAUGUAUGUAUGAAGUGUAAUUUACCUUUAUUGCCCUCAAUGAUAUAAGAAGAGAAAGAAAAUAUGAGGGGUAGGGUUGGUAAAAAUGAUGGACUUCAAUGUCCACGAUCAAUUACCGGAUCACUUUCAUCACCGCCAAGUACUCAUGAUUUUGAGAUACACUGCGAUGGAUCGGUUUUUCAACGAUUCUCAGGAGGCGGCAUAUGGCGUCGUUGUCUCAAACAACCAUGAUCAAGUGUGUGAUGGUAAAGCUGAGAUCAUGCAUUGUUUUCCCCCACUUGAAGCUGAAGCCAAGGCACUCUUGGAGGGUUCCCGGCUGAGCUCCGAUCACCCUGCCUGGUCCGUUCUGACUGUUUGCCCCUUGUUCAUGCAGUCCACGACCACCCGAGAUCAUGGCCAUGGUGAGCGGCAACAUGGAUUGGCAUUAUCAGACAAACGAUGGAAUCUAAUCCAAUGAUUAAGAUCAUGCACAUUGGUCGUAAGAGCAACUCGAAAGCAAACUGGGUAGCUAGACCAUGUGCCAAGAAUACUCUACCCUCUGAAUGGGUUCAAAUUCUUGACGUUGUUGCCCCCUUUUUGUAACCCUUGGCUUUUGCUACAAGUAAUGGAAUUAUAUUGUCCUCUUGUAAGAAAAAAUGUCCAUGAUCAAUUCCCAUCUAAAGAGGUGGGAUUUUCCAGUCCGUGGGGCCUACAGAUUUGGACCUUCAAAGUCCAUGGGUCCCACGGAUUAGUUACCUCUCGUUUUCUUGUAGUAUUUUAAAAAAUAAAGAAUUUAGGUAAAA